AUGUCGUCGAUAUACAAUCUCGAGCCGCAGCCGACUGCGUCCGUCAUCAUUCACACGACGCAAGGCGACCUGUCCGUGGAGCUUUUUGCAAAGCAGACCCCCCUGACAUCGCGCAACUUUUUACAGCUUGCCCUCGACGGCUACUACAAUAACACGGUUUUCCACCGACUGGUGCCGGGCUUUAUCCUGCAGGGAGGCGAUCCAACGGGCACCGGCAAUGGCGGAGAAUCAAUCUACGACGGUGGCGCCUUGGACGGCGAGCUGGACCCGUGGCCGGCGGACCAGCGCCGCGGAAAGAAUGCAGGACCCAUGGGCGUCAACUUCAAAGACGAGUUUCAUUCCCGGCUAAAGUUCAAUCGCAGAGGUCUGUUGGGCAUGGCGAACGAGGGCAGGCCUGACUCGAACGGAAGCCAAUUCUUCUUUACACUGGAUAAGGCGGACGAGCUCAACAAUAAGAAUACAGUAUUUGGCAGGAUAGUGGGCGACACGAUAUAUAACCUCGCGCGCAUAGGCGAGUCCGAGGUGGCAGAGGGGAGCGAACGGCCCCUAUACCCGAUCAAGAUUACGAGCAUCGAGAUUCUAGUCAACCCGUUCGAGGACAUGAAGAAGAGGGAACGCAUCGCCACGCAGCAAAAUCAAGCCCCAAACACCGCUGUCAAGAAAGAGAAGAAGAAGCCAAAGGGCGGCAAGAAGCUGCUCAGCUUUGGUGAUGACGAAGCUGACGGUGAAGCUGCACCCGUGAUCAAGAAGGCCAAGUUUGACACGCGAAUAGUCAUGGACAUUGAUGAAGAAGAUGAAGCACCAAAACCGAAACCGGCCAAAAAGAAGAAUGAAGAUUCCUCUGUCAAGACGAUACCCGUUCGAGAGGCACCGCCUGAACCUUCGAAACCGAGAUCGCCUUCGCCGCCCCCGAAGCGAGAAACUACAAAAGUCAAGUACGAAGAUAUUGCGUCUCCUGAGCCCGAGCUACCAAAGAAGCAGUCUGCAUUGGAACGAGCCAAUGCAGAGAUUGCAGCCCUGAAGGCGUCCAUGAGGAGAGAUGCACAGGUUGAACCCGUCAAGGAAGCCAAGAAAACGGGCAUUGAACAAUUCAUACCAGAGACGGCAACAAGAGGCAGGAAAAGGAGGCGCGGUGGUGCUGACGACUCAAUCUCGACUCCCGAAUACUCACAGUUUGAGAGCUUCAAGGCCAGACUACAACAAGCUGCACCACCGACCACUGUACCAAAGGUCGAGAUCAAGGAAGGUGUGGAGGAAGCCAAUGUAGCGUCCGGGAACCAGGAUGAGGAGGCAGAACUGUGCGAUCUACAUUUCAUUGCAAACUGCCAGAGCUGCAAGUCCUGGGCAGAAGCCGAGAAGGAAGCAGAGAGCGAUGAUGAGGGUUGGAUGGGGCACGCCUUGAGUUUUGCUGCUGAUAAGCUGGGCAAGGACCUGAGCUAUCGGAAGAAGGCUGAGGAGGAGCUCGUGGUGAUAGACCCUAGGGACAAGGCUCGGACGCUCAAGGAAGAAAAAAGAGCCAAGGCUGAUGCGCGAGCUGGGGGCAGCAGUCGUGAAUGGGAUCAAGCUAGGAAUGCAAAGCUGGCGAGACAGAGUGCCCUCGCUGGCAGGGGUGCCCGGUAA